AUGGCCACCCUCGCGGGCCUCAGUGCUGCACAGUUUCCUCCACCGCGCGAGGGAGUCACCUGGGUUCGCUCCCAACACCACCCAGGGAUCACAAUCUCGUACAAGGACCCCCAGAUCUGCGAGACGACGCCCGGGGUCAAGAGCUACAGCGGCUAUGUGCACCUCCCGCCCAACUCGAUCAACGAGACGGGCGAGACGCAGACAUACCCGAUCAACACCUUCUUCUGGUUUGUGGAGGCGCGCAAGGACGCGCACCGGGCGCCGCUGAGCAUCUGGCUGAACGGCGGGCCGGGCGGGUCGAGCCUGAUGGGGAUGCUGAGCGAGAACGGGCCGUGUGUGAUCGAGGCGGACAGCAACUCGUCGGCGCCGAACCCGUGGGCGUGGAACAACGAGGUCAACGUGCUCUUCAUCGACCAGCCGGUGCAGGUGGGCUUCUCGUACGACAGCCUGAACAACGGCACCUACGAGCUGCUGCGCAACAACCCCAUGGAGUCGGAGCUGUCGGGGGACGACGAGUGGUCGCCCAUCAGGCUGCGCGACUUGGUGGAUGGCGAGGUGCCGGAGCAGAACGCCACCUUCUACGUCGGCACGUUUCCUAGUCAGAACUUGACGCAGACGCCCAACUCGACUGAGCAUGCCGCUGUGGCACUGUGGCAUUUUGCGCAGACUUGGUUUGAGGAGUUCCCAGAAUAUAAACCUCAUGAUGAAAAGAUUAGUCUCUGGACAGAGAGUUAUGGUGGUCACUAUGGACCAAGCUUCAUGAACUUCUUUCGCAAACAGAAUGAGAAGAUCUCACGUGGUGAGAUCUCUGGGCCAGGCACACACUAUCUGCACCUCGACACGCUCGGCAUCGUAAACGGGUGCAUCGACGUCGAGGUGCAGGACGAGACCUACUCAUUCAUGGCCUGGAACAACACGUACGGCCUCGUCGCGGUCAACGAGACGACCAAGCACAGGCAGCUCUGGGAACUGUUCCGACCAGGCGGCCUCAAGGACAGGGCCGCCAAGUGUAAGCGCCUGGACCAGCUCCUCUCAGCCCAGCGCUCCUCGCAGGCCCAGAAGAAGAAGGAGGAGGAGGAGCACGACGACAACGACGACGAGGUAGUCGACCCGGAAUACGUAGAGGCCUACUGCCGAAACCUCACCAUGGCCAGCCAAGAGAUCCUCAUCCAGCCGUACCAAGAGACGCAACAGCACGGCUGGUUCGACGUGACGCACCCGGCAGGCGACCCGUUCCCUCCCAACUACCACCUGGGCUACCUGAACCAGCAGUGGGUGCAGCGCGCCCUGGGCGUGCCCGUCAACUUCACGUGGGCCUCGGGCUCGGUCAGCCAGGCGUUCAGCAAGCACGGCGACAUGCCGCGCGGCCACCACCUCGAGGCGCUCGCGGACCUGCUGGACGGCGGGGUCAAGGUGCACCUCGUGUACGGCGACCGCGACUUUGCGUGCAACUGGAUCGGCGGCGAGAAGGCCUCGCUGGCCAUCCCGCACCGGCACCAGCAGGCGUUUGCCGCGGCCGGGUAUGCGCCGCUGACCGUGGCCGAGGGCCCGCCGUUUGUGCCGUUCGGCCUGACGCGGCAGCAUGGCAACCUCUCGUUCACGCGCGUCUUCCAGGCUGGGCACAUGGUGCCGAGCUACCAGCCCGAGGCGUCCCUGCGCAUCUUUGAGAGGGCCUUGUUGAAUCGAGAUAUUGCCACGGGGACGGUGGAUCUGACGCGCACGGGAGAGGAGGAGGGGGAGAAGGAUAUCUUUAGCACGGUGGGCACGAGGGAUACUUGGUGGAGGAGGAACGAGUUGUUGCCGUUCGAGGGGGGUAGAUGUUAUAUCCUGCAGCUCAUGACGUGCUCGCAGGAAGACAUUGAGGCGCUGAGGAACGGGACGGCGGUGGUGAAGGAUUAUGUUCUUGUAGGUGUUGAUCAUCAACAAGAGCAGCAGCAGCAGCAGCAGCAGCCUGUAGGAGGAGAUACUUUGGAAGAGGAGGGUCAGCAGGUGAUGUUGGCGGUGGAUAACGAGUUGUAA